UUAGCCUCAUGCCAAAUCACUGUCUGUACUUCAGCUAAGCUAUUUAGCAUAUCAGACUGUUAGCAUCUAGUCUCUGAGCACCUGGUCGAAUCAGCAAGCAUGAAGUGUGUCCUCGAGGGAAAUGGUGUAAAAGUUUUUGGAAAAGCGGUGCAUGCCCUGUCCCGGAUCGGAGAAGAGCUGUGGUUGGAUCCUAUGGUUAAAGGGUUGGCGCUGAGAUCAGUGAACGCCGCUCACUCUGCAUAUGCCUGCUUCCUCUUCUCGCCAAUGUUCUUCCAACAUUACAGCCUGGGGCGUGGAUCCGAGCAGGCCCAUGAAACCAUCAAAUGCAAACUGGUCAUCAAGUCAGUGCUGCCACUUUUCCGGUGUUUGGCUGCCAUCGAGCGUAAUGUGGAACGAUGUCAGAUAUCGAUCAGCACCCCCACUGACCGAGUCAUAAUCCAGUUCUUCUGCAGACAUGGAAUCACCAAGACUCACAACCUCCGCUUCCAGGAGAGUGAGGCUCUGCAGGCGGAGUUCUCCUCACACCUCUGUCCCAAUGUGCUGAAGGCACCUGCCAGAGUCCUCAGUGAUAUGGUACUGCAUUUCCCAGUGUCCCUGGAGGAAAUCACUCUGUCCGCGACUCCUCUGAGAGUCACUCUGAGAAAUUACCAUGAGGCGGGAAACGAUCACAUGAAGAUGAUGCACACUGAGAUGUCCUUACACCCGGAUGAGUUUGACUUCUUCCAAGUUGGAGUGGACUCAGACGUAACCUUCUGUCUGAAGGAGUUGAGGGGUUUUCUGUCCUUUGCGGAGUCACAUUGCCUUCCAGUGUCCAUUUACUUUACUGCUGCAGGAAAGCCUGUGUGUUUCUCCAUGGAGGACAUGGUCCUAGAGGCCACUGUAGUGCUGGCUACUCUGAUCGACUCUGAAAACAAGGGCCCCUCUCAGCCUGUCGACUGCACGGCCCCCACUUCACCCAGAUUUACAGAUGUAGCUGCUCUACCUGUGGUCUCUCAUGAGGUAGACAGCAGGGAGUCACAGAAUGCUCCUGCUGUGGCAGAGCUGAUCCCAUCCAGUCAGGGCAGCCCUAUCAUCAACCAGCCUGCUCUCAUGCACCUUCCGUCUUCAGACCAUCCUGACAGACGAGAUGUACCCGAUGAGGCCAGUGCCAUGGCAACUCCUGCGUCUUCCAUGAUCUGCUCCCUGCUGUUCAGGGCUUUGUCUUCAGAGCAGGACGAUGAUGGUUGUGAUGGCAGUCUGCCUGUUCUGGCUUGUUACAGUGACACAGAAGACGAUUUGGAGGGAGACUAUACAAGAAGCCCUUUACUGUGAAAACAGAGUAAAGGGAUGUGAACAUCAUCUUGACCCUGAAGUAGACCCUGAAGUAGACCCUAAGAUUCAACUGUAGUCAGAACAACUUAUGCUCAACUAUAUUAAUAUAUACAUUUAAUACAUAUUCAGUUUGCCCACAAUGUUCAGUUGAAAAUGACAGAGAAUCUAUUUACGAAGAUUAUUUGUAAUAAGUUUGUAUCAAUUCAUUUGUUUUGGCGGUUUCAUUGUGUACAAUACAUGAGUCAUAACAAUUAAGUCUUGUCUGUGAAAACAUAACCUCCGUGUGAGGAUGCCACACCUGUGUGUUGGCUGAGGAUUGUGGGAGUACACACACAGUGCACGCACCUUCUUAACAAUGUUCUUUUACUGGCAUGGCUUCAGAGAAGUGCACGCUAUGAAGAGUUAAAUGUGGCCGAUGGGAUAAUGGGAAAAUUCAGCCUUAAAGGCAUGUAGCCUGAGCCUGUGAGAAAAUACCUCUUUGACGUACUUUUCAAUGCUCUUGCAUCAGAUAGUCUUCUGAAAGCCACUUGAUGCUGACCUCACAUACACCAAACACAACUGGAUAAUAAAUACUAUACCCUUUAUUCAUAUAUUGUACAGAUCUGAAAAUGUUUCUUCACAGAGAACAGAUCUGGAUACAGUGGGGUCCAUGCUGUGGUAGUAACAAAGUAGAGAGGGAUGAAGUGGACGGGAGACAACAGGGAAGAGAGUCGGGGCAGGUACGAGUCAGGAAUCAGGAACCACCAGGUUGACAGUGACACCGUCUGACUGGGAGAAUUGCUUUGUAAAAUCAUUAAGGCUACUUAGAUUGUCCUCAGUGCUUAAACAGUUCAAACUCACAUUUUGAGCGUUAGCUGCUGCCUCUGCCCAAAACUCUUCCUUGUCAGUCAGCCUCAUCUCACAGAGACGUCCGACUCUGCCGUCUCCCAGUGUGAACGUUUGACAGUGCAGGUUGUAAACAGUGAUGUGAACGAGUUUCUAAAAAGGGGUGAUGGCUUUAUCACAAUUCCUAAGCUCCAGACAGAGAGGCAGGUUUCAAGGGAAAAACGGUUGAACAUUGCUGUAGAUGAAAACGCCCAGUGUUAAGACAGAAGGGCAUGAUGGGAAAAGCUGUUUCGUCUCUUAUGGCUA